AUAUUUUAUUUUUAAAAAAUAAUUUAAUUUCUGUAUAAUGUAUCAACACUCAUUUGUUCUUUGAUUUUUCAGGAGGGAAAGGUGUUGGUGUUUUUAAUUGUUAAGGGAAAAAUGAGACAAUGUAUCUCAACUCUCAGAAGAACAUUGAAUUCGCAACAAAACCCAGUCUUUCUCCUUGAUUGUUGCAGAUCACUCAAUCAAAUCAAACAAGCUCAUGCUCAAUUGAUCACGACAGGUUUAAUCCUGCACCCCAUCACUGUCCAUAAGCUUCUCAAAACGCUCGCGGAGUCGAGCUUUGCUUCCCUCUCUUAUGCACACAAGUUGUUUGAUCAAAUUCCCCAACCAGAUAUCUUCAUCUACAACACCAUGAUCAAAGCAAAUUCACUAACUCAUACUUCUUGUCUGAAUUCUCUUGUGAUAUUCCGCUCCAUGAUCCAUCUCUCUGGCCUUCUUCCUAACCGUUACUCAUUUGUCUUCGUUUUCAAGGCAUGCGGUAAAGGGUUGGAAGUCUUGGAGGGGGAGCAAGUUCGCGUACAUGCGGUCAAGGUUGGUUUAGAGAGCAAUUUGUUUGUUUCCAAUGCGUUGAUUGGAAUGUAUGCGAGUUGGGGUCUGGUGGAUGAGGCUAGGAGGGUGUUUGAUGGGAGCCUCAAUCGGGAUUUGUACUCGUGGAAUAUUAUGAUGGCUGGGUAUGUGGGAAGAGGUGUAAUGAAUCAAGCUAAGGACUUGUUCGAUGAAAUGCCUGCACGAGAUGUUGUGUCAUGGAGUACUGUUAUAGCUGGUUAUGUACAGGUAGAGUAUUUGAGAGAACAAAUGAAGGGAAUUACUGAUGUACUAUUUUUCUUAUUGAUAAUUCAACUCAACGAACUGGCUUUGCUUAUUAUGAGGUUAGGAGAACCACAUCCUAAAAAAUCUGCAUCUAAGGAAAAAAUUUGGCCAUGGAAUGCUAUGAUUGGUGGGUUUGCAAUGCAUGGAAAAUCAUGGGAAGCAAUUGAUCUUUUUGAGCAAAUGAAGUUUAGAAGGGUUGCUCCCAACAAAGUCACAUUUAUUGCAUUAUUAACUGCCUGCAGUCAUGGCUAUAUGGUUGAUGAGGGCAGAGAUUAUUUUAAGUCAAUGGCUACUUCUUAUAGUAUUGAACCUGAGAUAGAGCAUUAUGGAUGUAUGGUAGAUCUGCUAGGGCGUGCUGGCCUCUUGGAUGAAGUAGAAGAGACAAUAUUGAAUAUGCCAAUGGUCCCGGAUGCUGCUAUAUGGGGAGCAUUUCUUGGUGCUUGUAGAAUUCAUAAAGAUAUUGAAAGAGGAGAGAGAAUAGGAAAUUUCAUUAAAGGACUGGACUCUAACCAUAUUGGUUGUCAUGUUCUUUUGGCUAACAUGUAUUCUGCAUCUGGGAGAUGGAGUGAUGCGACGGCUGUGAGAGAGAAACUUGAGGAGAGUGGGAGACAGAAAAUUCCUGGUUGCAGCUCCAUUGAGUUGAAUGGGGUAUUCCAUCAAUUCCUUGUGGGAGACCAAUCUCACCCACAAACUAAGCAGAUUUUUUUAUUCUUGGACAAGAUGACUAGAAGACUAAAAAUUGCUGGGUAUGUUCCAGAAGUGGGAGAGGUGUUGCUCGAUAUCAAUGAUGAGGAAGAAAAAGAGACUGCCUUAUCAAGGCAUAGUGAGAAGUUGGCUAUUGCUUUUGGGCUAAUGAACACAGCACCUAGAACUCCAAUUCGCAUUGUGAAGAAUCUAAGAGUUUGUGGAGAUUGCCAUGAAGCAACAAAAUUCAUAUCAAAGGUCUAUGAUCGUGAGAUCAUUGUCAGGGAUCGGAUUAGAUAUCAUCAUUUUAAGAAUGGGCUGUGUUCUUGUAAAGACUAUUGGUAGUUUUAGAUGGCUAUUCCAAAGUUAAAGCAGUUCUUCUCUGCUGUAGCAAACUGAAAUCAAGAACCUCUGCUUUUGCAACUUCUAAAGCUGCUACCAAAUUUGGAGCUUGUGUGCUAGAGAUGGAUUGCCAGCAAGUACUUAAAUAUGCUUUCCAGAUAAUGAGAAAGCUAGCACCACAUUGUCUUAUAUUUCAUCCUUGCAAUGGCAUUAGGAGGAAGAAGCUUUCACAAUGGAAGAAAAA